AUGAGCGAUCAUUAUGUAAAAGUAAGGGUUCAACUCGAGCAGAUGAAAUCAUUCGGCGAGGAUGCGGAGAAGGAGGGUGUGGAUGCCGUGGACCAGGCGCCCGCGUCCUCCUCUCCGUCCGCUUCUGCCUCACCAGACCCUCCCAACGUGACCACCGCUACAACCACCACCACCACCACCACCAUCCCAGCUGCCGUGGACACCUCCAUCACUUGUAAACACAGAGGUAAAAGUCGAAGCAAGCCGGGGAGGGAUGACAAGAACUCCGCUGCCAAACACGUCCCCGAUCUGCCUGCGGUUUCUGCUCACCCCGAGAAAAACUUGAACAGGUUAGGCACGCUUCACAUCAAGGGGACGGGGAAGAUACUGCAGGGCAAGUCGGAGAGCAACGGGAACUAUGUGACCAUCCACCAUGCGUCGAAAAACAUUCAGGAGACGCGACGUGAGGACGGAUUCAAACACGCGAGGAAGAGGAGACCCGUGACCGUGGACACGUCGAAAGCCAAAACCUCGUUGGAGGCUUUGAAGUUAAGCAUCAAGCAGUUGAAGUGGAAAGAGUUUCCUUUGGGAAGGCGAGCGGCUUGUGACAUCUACUGGCAUGGCGUCUCCUUCCAUGACAAUGAAAAUAUUGUCUCAGGGCAGGUCAACAAGUUUCCAGGAAUGAUUGAAAUGCUGAGGAAGAUCAACAUGAGUCGGGCAGUGCGGACUAUGCAGGAGCUGUUCCCGGAAGAAUACGACUUUUAUCCCCGUUCCUGGAUCCUACCGGAGGAGUACCAGCAGUUUUCAACACAGAUUCGCAUGGUGAAGGAGAACGAUGCCUCAGUGAAUCCCACCUUCAUCGUCAAGCCAGACGGGGGCUCUCAAGGGGACGGUAUCUACCUCAUCCGUGACCCUAGUGACCUUAAGCUCAUGACGGGUUCACAGGCCAAACAGUCUGUAGUCCAGGAGUACAUCCAAAAGCCAUUACUCAUCGACAAGCUCAAGUUUGAUAUCCGUCUGUACGUGCUGAUAAAGUCUCUGGAGCCACUGGAGAUCUACAUUGCCAAAGAAGGCCUGACUCGUUUUUGCACGGAGCCCUACCAGGAACCGUGCCAGAAGAAUCUGAGCCAUGUCUUCAUGCACCUGACGAACUACUCCCUCAACGUCCACAGCGGCAACUUUGUCCACUCGGACAGCCAGAGCACAGGCAGCAAACGCACUCUCUCCAGCGUACUGUACAGGUUGGCAGCUAAAGGCGUGGACAUCAAGAGAGUGUGGUCGGACAUCAUCGCCCUCGUUAUCAAGACUGUCAUCGCUGUGGUGCCUGAACUCAGAGUCUACUAUCAGGCUGAUAUUCCGCCUGGCAAACCAGGACCCACGUGCUUCCAGAUUUUAGGCUUUGACAUCCUGCUGAUGAAGAACCUGAAGCCAGUGCUGCUGGAAGUCAACUCUAACCCCAGUAUGAGAAUAGAACAUGAGCAGGAAGUGGCACCAGGGGUUUUUGAAUAUGUUCCCAGUCCUGUGGAUGAGGAAGUCAAAGUGGGUGUGAUCAGAGACACUCUGCGCCUUAUGGACCCCGGCAACAAGAAACUGACAAUUCCACAACCGAGGACGGCUGGGUUUGAACACGGGGAAGAGAUUCCCAUGGAGGCAGAGUCGCAGGAGAGGUGUCCGGAUGAAGUUGGCACUCUGCCCUCACUUUGUCUGAAGCAGGUCUACCCGAAGUACACCAAACAGUUCAACUACCUGCGGCUGGUGGAGCGAAUCGCAGCUCUGUUCAUACGCUUCCUCGGGGUCAAAGGCAACAUGCGCCUCGGCCCCACUGCCUUCCGCACCUUCAUCAGGACCUGCAAACUGAGUAACAGCACCUUCACCAUGGCGUCGGUCGACAUCCUUUACAUAGACAUCACACGGCGCUGGUCGGGAGCGAUGCCCGACUCCAGAGAAGCAGGAAUGGGACUUCAAGCGUUCGUGGAGGCCUUUUUCUACCUGGCGGCCCGCAAGUUCAAAUACGUGUCGCUGAAGGAGCAGGUGGCGUCCCUGCUGGAGCUGUGCGAGGCUCAGCUCGGGCCUCAGUCGGCCGCGGAGGAGCGGCGCUCUUUGAGCUGCAGCAGGGCGCUGCCGCGAGCCGUCAAGUCUCAGACUCUGUGCCUCACCAACCCCCAGCUCAGCUCUCCGGCUCCCCUGCGAAGGGCGUCCAGCCAGGACUACCGGCUGCAUCAAAGACUCAAGCCUCGCACGCUCAGAGCCAACGUGGAGAACUGAUGAGAGGGAGCUAGUCGUCCAAGCCCCAGAGCGCCGCCUUCAGCCUUCUCCACGGGAGCAGGGAAAUCAGACGUCCGUCCUGCCUCCGCGGCUCCUGAGAAGGACUAGCUCGACCCCUGCUGGCCGACUGGCAGGAGGACUCCUCUCAGCCUGAUUACUUUUUAUCAGAGGAGGAAGACGUCUGCAGGGGCUUCAAACGGAAAACAGAACGAGAUAUUAGGAGGCGGCUGCAUUUAUCCUGCCCUCCCGCAGAGAUCAUGCACGGACCGCGUGGUCCAGUCAGGAGGAGGAUACGGCUGCUUUUUAAUGUACUCGCCGAUUCUCAAGGGCAGCUACUUGCUUCCCUUCACCUUUUGUCUGACAACACAAAUCAAACUUUCUUUUCAGGGAUAACAUUAGACGUCACACGCAUCACUCAGUGGGUAUAAGGGAGGAGCCUCAGUGUGUCGUUACAUUCUUCAAUUUGCACAGAAACUCUACAUUUGCACAGAAGUGGAUGACGGCGGCUGAGCAUUUCCGUGCGCGUGUUGUGAGUGUGUGUGUAUGUUGAGUUGUGUAUUUAUUUGCGUGUAGCUCAGCGGUGGAAGCCAAUCGACGGCUCAUGCGGCUCGGCUCCGUGUCCGCGAGCCCAUUAGCGACGAGUUAAGUGAAUAAGUACUCGAAGGGAAAAGGCCACGUCGCCACUUAUCCUCUUCCAGUCAGGCAGCCUCACACCUCCAGCAAACCAACUCGUUUUAGGGAUGAUUACAUCGUAGACACACAACUGCCAGGAGGAACAAAUUAUUUCAGAGGCGACUGCACGGCACAACAUGUCACACUUUAGACGGACGCUUCGUUUCUUAAAGAUUUCCCAUGUCCACUGGACACGACCGACAACCACUCACUCACUGGAUUUUUGACUUUAACACUAAGAUUAUUAAACGAAUAUGGGCAGCUGUGAAGUAAACGUGUGUUGUUUAUACUGUAGGAAAGAGGAUGAUGAGGUGAAGUAGAUGUGUGGGUUCUUAACAUUGACCGAUAACAGGAAUGAAAUGUGAAAACAAUCUAAGAAAUUAAAAAUGAUUUUGCUCUUUGAACCAAA